UAUUCCAGGAUAUUAUAUCUGCUGUGGUAGACCUUCAGAUUCAUAGCUGAUAGCUUGAAGAUUUAAAGCACGUAUACCUCAAAUAUCUCUUAUCUAGGACAGGUUAAAAGUGAAUAUAACUAACUUCUGUUUGGCUGUAAUGCAUUUAUUAAUGACAGUAAAAGCUGUAGAUGGAAAAGUGAUAGAGCUGAGCCCCUUUAGGAUAAAUAGUGUCGGGCUUGGAGUGUAGCUGUUUAUUAUGUGGGAGUUUUCUAAUUGAGUUUUUAGUUUUGUGGGUAUCUGCUGCCUACCACACCGUUUUAUUAAAGCGAGCAUCUUCCCAAACCGUGAGAGUCGCAGGGUGCAAACCAGCUUACACCCUGGAGCUGGCAGUGUGGGGACCUUAAACCAUCUCACCCUCUUUGAUUUCCGUCUGUGGUGUGCCUGGGUGUUCCUUUAUCCCUAAACCUUUGUAAGGGAAGGUUACAAAAUGUGUGUUUACUUGAAGCACACAGCCUGCUCAGCCGCAAUUAUCUCCUGAUCUGGUCCUUCCGAGUUUCUCUCCGGUCUCUCAGUUUCAGAUGCCUCUGGAUGUUCAAUGGUAGCACUCCUCCAUACUGGAGCAGCCAAGUUUCCCCGAAACUUACUUCCAAGGGUGAGACAAGCUGUGUGCUCCCUCCUCCCGGCUGGUGUUCUCAAAGGGUACGGCUCCAUCGUAAGCAGGAAACUGGCGUCCCACGGCUUUGGAGCUUCCAUGGCAGCAAUGUCAUCCUUCCCUCCACAGAGAUAUCACUACUUCUUAGUGCUGGAUUUUGAGGCCACGUGUGAUAAACCACAGAUUCAUCCUCAGGAAAUCAUCGAAUUCCCUAUCCUGAAGCUGAAUGGCAGGACGAUGGAGAUUGAAUCCACCUUUCACAUGUAUGUUCAGCCUGUGGUGCAUCCCCAGCUUACGCCCUUCUGUACAGAGCUGACUGGGAUUAUUCAAGGCAUGGUGGAUGGGCAGCCAAGCCUCCAGCAAGUGCUUGAGAGGGUUGACGAGUGGAUGGCAAAGGAAGGCCUCUUAGAUCCCAGCGUCAAGUCGAUUUUUGUGACCUGUGGUGACUGGGAUUUGAAAGUGAUGUUACCAGGACAAUGCCAGUACUUAGGACUGCCGGUUGCUGAUUACUUCAAACAGUGGAUUAAUCUGAAAAAGGCGUACAGCUUUGCCAUGGGGAGUUGGCCAAAGAACGGGCUCUUAGACAUGAACAAAGGACUGAACCUACAGCACAUAGGGAGGCCUCACAGCGGGAUAGACGACUGUAAGAACAUCGCCAACAUCAUGAAGACACUGGCCCAUAGAGGCUUCAUCUUCAAGCAGACCUCCAAACCCUUUUGAUCCCCAGGGCAGGCCAGGCAGGGCUGCAUGCGCCCGGCGCCGGCGAGGCGGGGAGGACGGGCUCUAGCAUUCAAACGGCAACUGAGGCCAGAGGAACCGAAACAAAUCUCAAUUCAGCUGUUAACUCCAGUAGAGGUUGUAUAUAUGGGAAGGCAAAUCUGUGUAGACCUGAUGUGACUCCCUCUCUGGGCUGCUCCGGACAUUAUGCCAUGCUAGCGGACAGCCGCGUAGGGCGCUUGCACCACAUUUUAGACUCGUAGUUUGUUCUUUUCUUUGGCUCCCGAUUUCCAUCCCUGCCUCCAUGUCCCACCCCGUCCUCCCUCUCCGCCCCGUAGCCAGACCCUCCCCCCCCCCCCCCCCCCCCGCCCCGGCAUGGGCCGUCCCCGCCUCCCUCUUCUUUCUUUUCUCUGGUUUUAUGUUUUCAGGCCUUGACGGCUGCUGCAGCGACAGUGGCGCAUGCCUGCGCCCAGCUGCGCUCGUAGAGCCGCAGCAGCGUCGAGACGGCCCCUAACCCUCCGCACCAGCCCCGGCCUUUCCCCGAGCGCCUUUUCCCCUCUUUUUGAAUCAACACUAACCCCUCUCUGACUCCUGUAUGUGACAAAUGCAAUCCGUCUCUUUAUGUUCAAGGUGAAGUGCCUGUAUUCUCCGCUGCAGAGCCCCUGGCAGCCCCACCGUGGGCUGCGGGGCCCCGGAGGGCUCCUUUCAGCGGGGCGGGGGCACGGCGGGCGGGCGGCAGGAGGGAGGUGGCAGUGUCCGCGCGGAGUCCCCUGUCCCGGCCCCCCGUCCCGUCUGCUCGUGCCUCUGGCAGGGAUGGGUGGGAUGCCCAGCCCUGCCCCAGCCCUGCCGAUUCCAGCUCCGCCGGGGUCAGGCCCGUCGCAGCACCACGUCCAUUGCCGGCGGUGGACGUGCCGGCGAGCGCUGCCCCCUCCCCCCCCGAUCUACAGACACCCAAGCAAGGGAGCUGCAAAUUGGCCAAGGCCCCUGACCCCGCUCGCCUCCAGCCCCAUCCGGCCUCCCUCUGUUCCCAAGCCGAGGCUAAGCCCCCCGCGUCCCCCACGGUCCCUGCACGCUGCAGGCCGUGCCCUGCCCCUCGCAGGUCCCUGCGGACGCUCAGCAGCAGCUGGCUUGUUGCCUGAGAGUUGCCGAGCACAUCCCCUCUGGCUGGGUGGGCUCCCGGCCGGCCAGGACAGCUGGGGGGGCAGCCAUGGGGCAGGCUGGGGGGCGCAUGUCCCCCAGUGUCACCCAGUCCCAGGGCCCUGCUGAAUGGAGCCCUCGUCCGGGCGCUGACCUGCAGGGAGGCUGCAGCCCGGGGCCCGUGCGUGCACGGCCCGGAGCGAAGCCGGUGACGGCAGCCCGAAGGGCAAUACAGGCACUGAACUUGGCGGUACAUGACUGCAUGGUGUGUGGUGUUCCAGUUAAACCAACCGAUAAUGCAAACCCAGCAUUUUCAUUGUCUAGUUAUUCCAAUCCUUGCUGUAAAUGUGCCACAUGAAUAAAGUUUGGGGGUAAAGGAGCCCAGGCUGUG